CUGGUUCCAGGAAGGGGACAGUGCAUACCACGGUGUUCCAGUGGCCAGAUCGAAAAGUGCAGGAGGAGACCCAGGGCCGAUUCCACCUCCUCGGGGACCCCGGGGCCUACAACCGCUUCCUGGAUACCAGAGACGCACAGAGCUCAGACACAGACACCUGACAUCCACAUCCAGGGGCCCCUAGAAUCUGGGACCCCAAGAACAUUACCUGUAGCAUGCCAUGGGCCUGUGAGAGGGGGACACCACCCACCUUCUCCUGGACCGGGGAGGCCCUCACCUCCAGGGGCUCCAAGACUCCCCAGUCCCCCGUGCUCACCCUCACCCGGAGGCCCCAGGACCACGGCACCAACCGUACCUGUCGAGCGACCUUCCCCGGAGGAGCUGGUGUGAGCACGGAGAAGACCAUCCAGCUCAACGUGUCCUGCCGCCAAAAAUUUGUUUCUGUCGCAGAUCCUCCGUGGAACCUGACCAUCCGCACCUUCAGGGGAAAUAGCACAGGCAUCUCCUGUUCCUGCCGCCAAAUCUCUGGGGAGCAGUGGGGCACCUGGCCUCUAACCCUCACCCUGAUCGGAGGAGCCCUCAUGGGGGCUGGCUUCCUCCUCACCUAUGGCCUCGCCUGGAUCUACUGCCCCCGGUUCAGAGGCUCUGAAGAGGAUAAGGCUGCAGGUUGUAACUGAGCCCUCUUCCUCACGGUGGUCCUGCUUCCGGUGGGUGAGGAUCCGUCAAACCGCUGUAUCCGGAGACUCACACCUGCACAGCUCUGUAGAGCAGGGAGGUACUGGAGGACUGGGUCCUGCCUCCUCUCCAGAAAUAACAUGUCUCUUGACCUCUGGUCAUUAAGACUCUUCUGCUGGUUCCAAAUCCAUGGUGAGGAAGGCAAGUGAGGACAUAGAUAGAUUUUUGUUACCAUUAAUUUGAAUUAUGUAUACCCCAUGGAAUAUAUUGCUCAGUGUGUUUAUCUUGGAUAAGCCCAAAAUUCAAUCCCAUAAUAUAUUGUUAUAAAUCUCAUAAUAUAUUACUUUUUAAAACAGAAUUUUAAAGAGAUUUUUUAAUUAGAAAAAUAAACUCAUAUUUAUCCACAUAUUAACCAUUCGAUGGCUUUUCAUUCCUUGUACACAUUCAGGUUUCUCGAUAGCAUCACUUUCCUUUUGCCGGAAUAUCUUGUCCUAUCUUUCUUUUUUUUUUUUUUUUUUAAAGAUUUUAUUUAUUUAUUCAACAGAGAUAGAGACAGGCAGCGAGAGAGGGAACA